AUGGAUUACUCCCACUCCAUCGCCGACGAUGACGGCCCAGUAGCUUCUCCUUGGGAAUCAGCACCAGUUUCUUCUCCUCAGGAUGAGGUUAAGAAUUCUUUUCCGCCUACGGUUGCACUCCAUUCUCCAUCACGUAUCGGCUCUUUUGUAGAUGGAUUUUCUGAAAGUAACGCCUUUGACCAAGGCAUAUUUGAGAGAAGAGAUAAAGAUUCAGGCACAGACUCAGUACUCGAGAACCAGGACCAGCGGCCUAGUACAGCAACAACUGUUGAAAGCCAGUCUCAGGACCAGCAACCACUACUUGGUCAGACCUCUCCUCAGGCUCAAGAUGUACCACAGCAAUCAAUUCGUAAGGAAGGACGUCGCCCAGAACCUCAAAGAUAUCAUCGUCCUAUACGUCAGAAUCAACAGCCAUCUGAAAAUCCACAUAAAUUGCAAGCCAAGAUUACUGGCUUAGAACGAAUAGGACGAAAGGACCCUAUUUUAAGGUUUGAUGUCCACACCAAUUUACCUAAAUUUCGUACAACCCAAUUUCGCGAUGUGCGUCGCACGCACUCCGAGUUUGUCAAACUUGCAGACCAUCUUAUAUCUUCUAAUCCGGAGGCUCUCGUUCCAGCUGUCCCUCCAGCACUUACUUCAGCUGGCAUAGGAACAGAAGAAGAUGAAGUCAGAGUUAAAGCAUCUCUCCAAAAGUGGCUGAAUCAAGUGUGCUCCAACGAAGUUCUCAUGGGGGACGAGGAAAUAUUGUUAUUUAUCGAGAGUGAUUUUGGAUACAGCCCGAUGCUUAGAAGAAAACAGCCGGCAACAGGUGUUAGAAGAAAAGUAAUUAAGCAGUUUGCUCCACCACCCGAUGACUCGCCGGAACUUCAGAAUGCUAGACCAUUGGUGAAGGCUUUCUAUCUUGGAACUAUGGAUGCUGGACAUAAAGUUGACAGGCUCGUCAAGGCCCGAAAAGGCCUUGGUCUUGCAGAAUCCGAUUUUGGAGUCAAGCUUGGCUCUAUGAACGUCCAAGAACCUCAUCAUGGAUUAGCAAACGCGUAUCGUAAAUUAGGUAAGAUAAUCCAGACGACCGGAGAUAAUCAUGCUGCACAAGGCACAGCUGAGGCUACAACGAUUGGCGAUCCAUUGCAAUAUUACUCGCAAGAUGCAUUCAUAGUCAAAGAGACCCUCACUAAUCGCCAUAUUUUGCUACGCGAACUGAAUCAAGCUCAACAGCUUAGAAGAAACAAAUCAAGCGCUGCAGAUAGGCUAAGAGCUAGCUCCUCUGUCCGGAAGGAAAAGGUCGAUGAAGCAAUAAUAGCUCUCAACGAAGCUAUUGCAAAUGAAAACGAACUAAUGAAUAAAACUAUGCGCGUUACAAGUAAUUUAUUGCUUGAGCAGCGACGAUGGUUAACACGUACGGUCGCAGAGCUAAAGCAAAGUAUACGUGAGUAUGCAAUUCGUGAGAUUGAGGCUGAACGACGGACCUUGGCUACAUUGGAAGUUGUUCGACUAGACAUUCGAGCUAUUGAUUCUUCCGGUGGGCUUAGCCGACUCGGACGGGAGUCACACCCUGCAGCGAGACGUACAAGCUUAGCUUCGAGUCAAGGAGCAAAAGGUGAUGCAUGGAGCGGAGUUCCACGACGCGCUGAUCAAAUGAACCGGAGUCAAUCUGGAAGUUUAAUGUCUAAUAUUCUUGAAGCGAACGAUGGGGGUAAAUCAAAUAGUGCAUCUUCUGGAAGUUUGACGGCCACCAAAGAAGCUGAUGAUUUGGAUCGGGUUGAUGCGCGAAAUGCCGCUUCUAGAUUAGCCGCAGCCACAUUUCUCUAG